ACUCACAAGGACAACGUGUCGGCUUUGCAGGACUCGGGAGCCCCGCCACGUGGGGCAGCUGUCGUAGAAGAGUGCGGCAGGCCCGUGGCACUGCCAGAGACUUCUUUGGGGCACCGAUUGAGGAUGGAAGAGCCAGGCUUGGCUGGACCUCACACAGGAAAAACAUGUGAUGCUGUUGAGGCCAGGAGCGGUGAGGAAUUCUGGGGAGAAACGGUACGGAAAAUCCCGGGCGACAGGCCUAGCAGCCCAAAUGCCCGGCACCUGCGUUUCCGGCAUUUCCACUAUCCAGAUGCCAGGGCCCCCCGAGAGGUUUGCAACCAGCUCCAUGACCUUUGCCGCCGGUGGCUGAAGCCUGAGCGACACACCAAAAACCAGAUCCUGGACCUGGUGAUCCUGGAGCAGUUCCUGGCUGUCCUGCCCCCGGAGAUGGAGGGCUGGAUCAGGGAAUGUGGGCCGGAGACCAGUUUCCAGGCAGUGGCCCUGGCAGAAGUCUUCCUGCUGGGCCAGGUAGAAGACAAGAAUCAGGACCAGAUGGUGCAGGGGCCAUUUGCAGAACUGGCUAGUAAUUUCCCUGAAGCAGAGAAAGCUCCUUCGGACACCAGCCAGAGGUUACUGUUCGAUGGGAUCACACCGGAGAGUGAUCGAGGGGCCUCCACACUGGGUGACGGAAUGGCAUUAGCGAUGCAUAUCAGGUUGUCGCUUCUUUGUGACGGGGAGGAGCCGUCUGCUGUGCAACCGGAUCAGGGCCUGCUGACGUUUGAUCAGGUAGCCAUGCAUUUCACUGAUGGAGAGUGGGCCCUCCUGGACGCCGACCAAAGAGCCCUGCACAGGAAGAUCAUGGAGGAGAACCGCCAGAAUGUGGCCUCUCUGGAAGGACCUCUGAUUCGCAAUCUGGAUCUCCAUUCCUGGCAGGAAGAAGGAGAUGCUCGAUUUGUCCAGGUUCCCAAGGAAGAAUCGUUAAGGAGUUGCAUGGGCUCUGUUAAUCCCUCUGCAUCUUACUGGUUUCCCUCAGAUGGAUGGAAUGAGGGAGAACCACUCAGGGAGAUAUUGGGAAGAGGCAGGUCUGAAGAGGUGGAACAGCACAGAAUCAAAACGGAAAUAAAGCAGGAAAGGGGGGAUGAAUGUUCCAUUUCUCAGGAUGGUGAGGCCUCUGUAAUCCCAACCCCAGAAAAAACAGGCACGGGAAAGGAAACUAGUCAGUGCCCCGUGUGCCAGAAAAUCUUCCGUUGGAAAUCAAGCCUUUAUGCGCACUGGAGAAUCCAUAAGGAGGAAAAACCGUUUCAGUGCUCAGAAUGUGGAAAGAGCUUUUGCCAGAAGGCGAACCUUAUUCGACAUCUAGGAGUACAUACUGGGGAGAAACCAUUCCAAUGCUCAGAAUGUAGCAAGAGGUUUGGUCAGAGGGAUAAAUUGCUUAGGCAUCAAGGUAUCCACACAGGGAAGAAACCGUAUUCGUGCUUGCAGUGUGGAAGGCAUUUCAGAGACAAAACGGAUUUUACUUCCCAUCAGAGAGUCCACACAGGGGAGAACCCAUAUAAAUGCUUAGAGUGUGGGAAGAGCUUCUGCAAGAACUCAGACCUUACAAGACACAAAAGAAUCCACAUGGAAGAGAAACCCUAUCAGUGCUCAGACUGCAGCACGGAUUUUUGUUUUAAAUCAAGCCUUAAACAUCACGAGAGACUGGAUGCAGGAGAGGAGCCAUAUAAAUGCUCGGAAUGUGGAAAGAACUUCAGUAAGAACUCAGAACUUACUAGAUACACAGGAAUCCACAUGGGAGAAAAACUCUAUCAGUGCUCAGACUGUAGCAUGAGUUUUUCUCAAGGGGGAAGCCUUAGAAGUCAUCAGAGAAUCCAUACAGGGGAGAAGCCAUAUAAAUGCUUGGUGUGUGAAAAGAGUUUCACUCAGAGAAUAAACCUUAAUUCACACCAAAGAAUGCACGCUAGGCACAAUCAGAACCAAUGCGGAAUACCGGUUGCAGUGUUGGAUUAG